AAGCUAGAUAAGGAUUAUAUGCUUUGAUUGAUAAAUGAUUUUUCCCGAUUUUAAAGGCGAAACCGACUCAUCUUACAUAAAAUGUUAAAAUUAAGCCCAUAGAAUAUAUUUAAGCGAAACUUAAAAUUUCAAACCUAACAAAAUAAAGAAAAAACAAGUAGCGGCAAUAGUAUUUCCGUAACCCGCCACCACCACCACCACAGUGCCGUCGUCUCUAAGGGUACACAUAUCCAUUAUAAACAGCCCUCAAAAUACAGGUUGUGACGUCGAAUGGGAAAGAAAAGAACAGACGAGGGCGGAGAAAAGAGUAAACACUACGGUAAAGAAGGAAAGAAAGAAAAGUUACCAGUAUCAGUAAUGCUUGCCAACAUGGAUCAAAAGCCCUAUAAAGCAAAGAAAGUAACGAAACCCAAACCACCUACGAAUUCCCAAUCCUAUGCAGACAUUGAUCUUCCGCCUUCAGAUGAUGAUGAUGUGGUGGAAUAUCUCUUUGAAGAUCAGAAAGCGGGCAUCAGUAGAAAAGAGAGGGCUAAUGAUAGAAGAAAUCUUGAGAUAACUGUAGCCGAUAGGGAGUUUAAAAAACGAGAAAAAAGAGUUACGAUGGAUGAUACUGCUCACGCAGAGGAAAAGGCCAAGCGUAAGGAUUUAGAAGAUCCGUUUACGAUUCUGAUUGGUAGUCGGGCCGCCGCUCAAGGUCAAGAUGAUGCUCAGGCAAGUGUAAAAGACAUAACGGUGGAAAAUUUUUCAGUUUCGGCAAGUGGUAAAGAGCUGUUAAAGAAUGUAUCGAUUAAGAUCUCACAUGGAAAGAGGUAUGGUCUGGUGGGACCCAACGGGACGGGAAAGUCAACGCUGUUAAAGCUUCUUGCUGAGAGGAAGAUUCCGGUGCCCAAAAACAUAGAUGUUCUAUUAGUGGAACAAGAAAUAGCCGAUGAUGACAGAACUGCCCUUGAAGCUGUUGUUUCAGCAAAUGUAGAGCUGGUCAACCUAAGACGACAGGUUGCAACAAUACUAAAGUCCCCCGAGGGCGAAAAUGGAAAUAGAGUUGAAGAAGUUGCUGAAUUAUAUGAAAAGCUGCAGGUUAUGGGCUCAGAUGCAGCUGAAGCCCAGGCUUCUAAGAUUCUUGCUGGUUUGGGCUUUACAAAAGCUAUGCAAACCCGUGCGACCCGAUCACUGUCAGGCGGGUGGAGGAUGAGGAUUUCAUUGGCCCGGGCCCUUUUUGUGCAACCGACACUGUUGUUACUAGACGAACCGACCAAUCAUCUUGACCUUAGAGCUGUUCUUUGGUUAGAGGAAUACUUAUGCGGAUGGAAGAAAACUCUCGUGGUUGUUUCACAUGAUCGAGAUUUUUUAAAUACUGUCUGCACCGACAUAAUUCAUCUGCACGACUUAAAACUUCACAUGUAUCGUGGAAACUUUGAUGAUUUUGAAAGCGGGUAUGAGCAACGUCGCAAAGAAGUGAAUAAAAAGUUUGAAACUUAUGACAAACAAGUAAAGGCUGCAAAACGGGCUGGGAGCCAGAAACAACAAGCGAAAGUCAAAGAAAAAGCAAAUUUUGCAGUCAAAGAAGCGAGGAAAAAGUCAAAGGGGAAAGGCGAUGAAGAGGAAGAGAUUCCGGAGGCCCCACAGAGAUGGAGAGAUUAUACGGUGGAAUUUCAUUUUCCCGAGCCUACUGAGUUAACGCCACCAUUGUUACAGCUUAUUGACGUGGGGUUUAGUUAUCCAGAAAGAGAUGACUUCAGGCUAUCUGACGUAGAUGUCGGGAUUGAUAUGGGUACGCGUGUCGCUAUUGUGGGACCCAACGGGGCUGGAAAGUCGACACUAUUAAAUCUUCUUGCUGGUGACUUAAACCCGACAGAGGGUGAAGUAAGAAGGAGCCAAAAGUUGAGAAUUGGGAGAUAUUCACAACAUUUUGUUGACCUUUUGACCAUGAGUGAAACACCCGUUGCGUAUCUUCUCCGCUUGCAUCCAGAUCAAGAGGGUUGCAGUAAACAAGAAGCGGUUCGGGCUAAACUUGGUAAAUUCGGGCUCCCAAGCCAUAGUCAUUUGACCCCGAUUGAUAAAUUAUCCGGUGGACAAAAAGCGCGUGUAGUUUUAACUUCAAUUUCCAUGUCAAAACCACAUAUUUUGCUACUGGAUGAACCCACGAAUCAUUUGGAUAUGCAGAGCAUUGAAGCACUUGCUGAUGCACUUAAUAAGUUUACGGGUGGUGUUGUUCUUGUUAGUCAUGAUGCCAGACUUCUUUCACGUGUUUGUGACGAUGAAGAAACAAGACAAAUUUGGGUUGUGGAUAACGCUAGUGUGGAGGAGUUUGAUGGCGGUUUUGAAGACUACAAGGAGGAGCUACUAAAGUUAAUCAGAGCUGAGCGGCAUGCAUCAGCUUUACAUAACUGAUUUCACACUGUUUAGUAAGAUUUUUCUGACUCCUUUCCAGUUUUGACUAAUUAAGUUUACGCUCUUUUGCAAGAUUAUAAUGUGUGUUGACUGUUGAUAGUCGAUCUUC